CAAGCCGCGGCGCGUUUUGACCAUAACGAGGUGGUCAAGCGGCUGCUAGAUAGCGGCGCCAACGUUAACGCGGAAGGCGGGGUAUACGGUACCGCGCUCCAAGCCGCUGCGGCUACUGGUUACCAAGAGGUGGUCGAGCAGCUGUUAGACCGCGGCGCCAACGUUAACGAGCAAGGUGGGAAAUACGGUGCCGCACUCCAAGCGGCGGCGGUUUUUGGCCACGAAAAGGUGGUCGAGCAGCUGCUGACG